AUGGUCACAUCGAAGUUGUUUGAUCCUUCCAAUCGAUAUGAUCGCCAGGUCCGUUUAUGGGGAGAAGACGGUCAAGCGUCGAUAGGUUCAACCAGUGCUUGUGUCCUCGGAAGCGAUUCUCUAGCAACCGAAACCUUGAAAUCUCUCGUUCUUGCUGGUGUUCAGUCAUUUUACAUUGUCGACGAUGCGCGGGUUGAGCAAGUCGAUAUUGGUCAGAACUUUUUUCUCCACAUUGACGACAUUGGGAGACCUCGUGCUGAAGCCACGUUGGAAAAAUUAACGGAGUUGAAUCCAUCCGUACUAGGAAGUUCGAGCUGUCAAUCUCCAACAGCGCUCACUCAAGAAGACGUAGAGAAAUUGGCCACAUUCUCUGUAGUUGUGGCAGUAAACCAAACAGAGGAAGUUGACGCUAAGUUCGCUCAAGUUUUGUACGACAUUUCCGUACCGUUUGUAUGUAUCAAGUCUUUUGGACUAAUUGGAACAAUUCGAAUCUGUAUCAAAGAACACACCAUUGCGAAUUCCCAUGAAGAGAAUCCACGACCUGAUUUGCGAUUGGAUGCUCCAUUCAAAAAGCUCACAGAAAUGAUUGCUGAAACAGAUUUGAACGAUAUGACCAUUGAACAACUUCGGCAUACACCUUAUAUACUUCUUCAUUUCAAAGGUACGUUUUAUCCUCAACCUCUCGAAGAAUUUCGAAAACAGCGAAAUGAUGAGAAAGCAUUCCCGACAACUACUAGCGAUCGCAAAGAAAUUCAACAGAUUCUCCUAAGCUUCCGCAGGUCAAAGGAAGAUUCCGGAACAAAAGAUUCCGAGAACUUUGAUGAAGCAAAAGCUGCUGUGAUGAGAGCAUUUCAAAAAACUACUAUUGGCGCUUCGGUGAAAUCGAUUCUCACUUCCUCGCAAUGCUCCACUUCCACCCAACCAUUUUGGCUCAUUUGCGAAGCUCUUCGUCGCUUCGUUGACGCGAAUAACGGGCUUCUGCCACUUCGUGGAACACUUCCAGAUAUGACGUCUGAUUCAUCUCGGUACACUCGUCUUGCUACAAUGUUCCAUGAGAAAGCAUUAGCUGACGCCCAAGAAGUUCUCCGUUUCACUCGUGAAGUUGAGAAAGAGCGAGGAGUUGGAGACGUCAUUUCGGAAGAAGUCUGCUACAGGUUCUGCAAAAAUGCUGACAGAAUCCGUGUGCAAAAUGGGGACCUGUUGGAUUAUAGUCGCGAGACGAAGGAAAUUGUGGCCAAGAUUCGAGAGAUUACUGUUGAUGAACAGACUCGAGCUGAGAAGGUUGAUAGCGCCACAUGGAUGUUAUUGAUGAGAGCUGCUGGACGAUUUAAAAAGGAAAAAGGAAGAUUCCCAGGAACGAACGGUGUUCCUGUAUCUAUCGAUGCUCAAGAUCUCAGAAAACGAGUGGAAGCUUUGAUUAAAGAAUCCGUGAAGGAAAAUGAAGAUAUCCAACCGAUGCUUCACAACGUUACUGAUUCAGCCAUCGCAGAAAUGUGCCGCUUUGGAGCUGCAGAGCUGCACGUCAUCUCGUCGUACGUCGGCGGAAUCGCAUCUCAAGAAAUCAUCAAAUUGGCGACCAAUCAAUACGUUCCAAUUGAUAACACUUUUGUUUUUGACGGACAUACACAAGAAUCGGCAACUUUUAAACUCUAA